AUGGCUAUCCCGACCCACGAAAUGGCGCACGGCGCGAGUCCCGUGGCCACUCGCGAGUCUUAUAUUGGAUACAAGAAAGAUACGCAAGAUCUUGUGGAAUGGAUGAUCAAAACCACCAGUCUCAUCCUCAAAACGCAGGAGCGCUCGGGCGAAAACUCCCAGCUGCCCACUGGAGUCAGUUCUUCCGGAGCGACAACCGUGGCUGGCCUGGUGUCCAUGGCCCGCCUGAUCGCAGACAGCGGAGCUGCAGUGUCUGGCAGCACUUUUCGCCGAUUGAUCUCAAUCGUCAGAGCAAGGAGAAGUCACUACCACGCCUUCGUAGAGCAUGCAUCCACGUGGUCCGACACAGAUAUUGAGAAGAGCAACGACAUGCACAGGCACUUCAUCGACUCCCUCAUCGACAUUUUCUCCAUCUUGGGUGGGGCUAGCUGGUGGGAGAAACAGAUGCAGGCCAACGAAAUGUCCUCAAAGCGUCUCGACUCCGAUGCAGAGCAAAUUGAGGAGAUGAAGGGCAUAAUCUUCAGCAACAAAUUUGCAUCCCUCGAUCUCAGCCAUGGCGAUUCCAAGCCAGAGCCGCCUUCAGAACCCGAAUCUGACGCAGAUGAGCCAGUUGCUGAGUCCAAGGCGGCAAAGAAGAAGCGUGUAAACGGCAAGAAGGGCAAGGGCAAGACAUCCAAGCCUGGAAAAUCACGCAAACCUGCCAGAAAGGCGGAUUCUAGCGCGGACGCUUCUGUGGAAAGUUACCGAAUCCUAGAAGAUGACCAGUUGCUAAGCUACACCAUGGCAAUACUAUCGUUCAGAACGGAGUGGGCUCAAAUACGACAAUAUGUACAAGACUUAUGGAUAGACGUUAUCCACAAGAAUCUGAACACUGCUGUCGCUGGAGCAGUCUCAAACGUAGCCAUUGCUAAGAUUAAGAAGACGGAGCUCGAAUUAUUUGACGACUUUCCCGAACACUGCUACUUCGAGAAGAUUACAGACACUCUUACUCGAGGAGGCCUACACCGCUUGCAGAAGGUUGCUGAGGACAAGGCAGCAGCUGAUCGCGAUCAUCAUGGAUGUUUGGUUGACGUCAAGGAGCAGCUCCUGAUGUAUACGUACCAGGACCUUUUGGAUUUCUGCACAGACUUUCAGAAAAGCCGUAACGGGAAGCCCACAAAGGCUAUGCGUGCGAAGAUCGGCCUGUGGGACCCAAAGCUCUCACUUGAAACUGCCACCAAGGAGGAGAGGAUUCUCUGGCGUCGAAAGUUCACCAUCAAUUGGCUCUACGACCUGGUCAAUGAGUACUCCUCCUGGGAACAGUCACAGCGGGGUGAGAGGUGCUUCUCGGAUGAUGUUGACUGGUCUCCUUCAGGCCCAUCCGGCUCUCGGCGCACUCUCCUCGGUCUUACUGACUUCGCCGCGUUUGUCACCUCCUUGGUCAGUCAAAAGACAGGAUCAGACCUCAGCUUGAAAAUAUCUCCUUGGCACGUCUUCCAACUUCAGUGCAUUGUGGAUGCCACUUCUGUGAAAUCCGGGUGGUCGCUGUGCCAGCACGGGGGUCAUAUCCUUGAGGCCCCCGCCGCCGGGUUCCUGGCCCUCAGAGACAUCAACGAUAUCAUUGAUGAACGCCCCGAGGAUGACGCCGGUCAUGCUCACGGUGAUUGUUGCUGUUCCAGAUCGCACCUUAGGUUUUGCAAAAGACUUGCCAAGAAGCUACAGAGACGGCAAGAAAUUGGUAUUUAUAAUUGCGGCGCAAUAAUCGAACCCGCUACCGAGGUCCUCUCCUGGAGCGUCGAAUAUCUUGAAUCUCGUCUUGGGCGCUGCAACUCCGUGCUCGAGGGUGCACCUAUCCCACCGUCCCGAUUCGGAGUGCCGCACUCGCUAUGGAUUCUUUCUCCAUUCCUAUGCGGUGUUGGUCUUGCAGAAGCCCUCCAGAUCAUCUACAACACUGGCAUGCGCUUUUUGGACAUUUAUCCCGUCCCGACAAUGAUGUUACAUCUCGAGCAGAUGAUUCAUAAUACGGGCGGAUACGAAGGCAAGGAACAUGAUUGGGGCCUUCCACUGGCUACUAUUAUGAGAGGCCUUUUCAGGCACUGCCUCUAUGUGGAAGGGAAAUGGCCAAGCAAAGACGCAGCGGCUGAAGAAUACGUCGACGCACUCGAUACCUGGGCGGGGGGAGAUAUCACUACAACCAGGCGAUUGAGAGCGAAACGAGUAAUGGAACCCGUCGCUGGGGCGGUAGCUUGCCCGUUUCCCGUUCGACAGAACGUAAACUUCAACAAAAUGUCCCAUCUAAUGAUCUACCAAGAGGCGGACUGGGACCCCAGCCGGAUACAUUACACAUCACUAGAGCCAAAAACAGCACUUGCCGCGGUUCGUCUUAGUCGCGAGCCGACAUCCUUCGACCUAUUCACCGGUGAGCAGUCAGAGCCUACCGAACUGGUACAGCAUAUGUACGAGAAAGUCGGUUGGGACGAUGAUUGGUCCGGGCAUCAGAUGUCGGUUGGGGAGGGUUUGUUCCGCACGUUUCUUACCAUGGGCCUACUAAAGCCCGCGAAAGCCAACGUCGAGCAAUCCGCAGUCGAAAAGGACCUCUCCAGGGCUGUAUACAGCAAGCUCGAGACGAUUCUAGAGGACUUGGAAAUCGCCAAGCUCGACUUGUGGAACGAUAUCAGCGGUCUCCGAUGCCGAUCUAGCAUGGACUUCGCAUCGUUGGUUUUAAGCCUCACGAUCAUUAUGGAUGAUGUAGAAAAUGCCCUCCAUGGCGCAAAAAACCCAACAUUCGAAAGAAUUUACUUGCCUCCAGGCAAAGGUCCAACCCCGCCGUACACGGGCAAGGUUUUCCGCUUGAUAAGAGAGGCGAUGACUGGAAGAGAUAAGAGUAUCUUGGAAGUGUUUGCGGACAAGUUCGAGGGCAUGUGGGAAACGACACCCGCGUAUUUGCUGUGGAGCGAGGAUGCAUGUCUCCAGGCCCCAAUCCCACUAACUUUUGAUAAACUGGGUCUCCAAAUGCCCGAACAACUUCGAGGGGAUGUUUGCAGUGUGAUGUAG